AUGAAGGUCACCUCCAUCCUCCCUUUCCUAAUCGCUGUGUCUGCUUCGUGCCUUCACGGCACUUCGCUCAUGCCCCGUGCGGCUGACGGCACUGUUGAUGUCAACUCCUUCAACUACACCAACACCGGUGGACCUAUGGUCUGGUACGGUCUCGACUCGGCCAACUCUGCCUGCUCCAAGGGCAAGCACCAGUCACCCAUUGACAUCGUCACCGAGGAUAUCGAUUACGCCAGCGCCAACAGCGUGCACUUCCACGUCCCCAGCGCCGACAAUGCCAAAUUUGAGAACCUCGGCUCCGGCCUUGAGGUUGUCCUGACCAACGGCACUCUGGUUACCAAGACUGGCUCCUACAAGCUUGCCCAGUUCCACUUCCACACCCCUAGCGAGCACCGCAUCAAUGAGGAGCACUACCCCAUGGAGGCCCACUUCGUCUUUGAGACUGCCUGUAUGUACACUAACAAAGACAAUUCCAAGUUUAUUACUGACCUUUCUCCAGCUGGCUCUAUCGCCGUCGUUGCCUUCCUCUUUGAGCUGUCCCAGUUCGGUUACUCGACCCCUCUCUUCGACUCUGUCUUCGCUCACAUUGACGACAUUGCCACUCCUGGUACCUACACCAUGACUGAUGCCCUUGACUUCACUGGCAUUACCCAGCACUUGAACAGCCACGGUAUCUACCAGUACACUGGCUCUCUCACCACUCCUCCCUGCACUGAGGAGGUUGCUUGGUACAUUAGCACCGAGCCCUUGCCCCUGAACGUUCAGAGCUACAACGCCGUCAAGCAUGUGCUCAAGUUCAACGCCCGUUACACCCAGAACGCUCUCGGCCAGGACAACCUGAUCGAGAUCGCUGCCUCUGAGGUGAACUAA